AUGUCGUCCAUUUCAAACGUAGAAACCUCAUCAAUCUCUAAGAUAGAUCCUCGUGACAAGGAUACCCCUGACAAUUGGGUUCCGCGUCACCCUGAGAUGAUAAGACUAACAGGAAAACAUCCAUUUAAUGCUGAGGCUCCGCUGUCCUUAUUGAUUAAAGAAGGUUUUAUCACACCCACACCUUUACAUUACGUAAGAAAUCAUGGUCCUGUGCCGAAACUCUCAUGGGAUACUCAUUGUGUGAUAAUUGACGGGCUCGUGGAAACAUCUUUGAACUUAUCGAUGGAAGACAUCACCAACCUUCCUUAUCUCGCAUUCCCUGUGACUAUGUGUUGUGCCGGAAACCGCCGAAAAGAACAAAAUAUGAUAAAGCAAACUAUUGGUUUCAACUGGGGGGCUGCAGCGACAAGCACUGCCGUCUGGAAAGGCGUACCCUUACACCAUGUUCUAAAAUUAGCUGGUGUUAAGGUUGAUCCCAAGCAACCCCGGUAUGUCUGCUUCGAAGGUGUUGAUAAAUUGCCAAACGGUUUUUAUGGUACAAGUCUCCCUUUAGAAUGGGUAAUGAACGAAGCCAACGAUAUGUUGCUUGCUUAUGAGAUGAAUGGAGAAAGAUUGACCCCGGAUCAUGGGUUUCCAGUGCGUACAAUUCUUCCCGGAUGUAUUGGUGGCAGAACCGUCAAAUGGCUCGGAAGAAUCACCAUCUCUGACAGAGAAUCCAAUAGUUAUUAUCAUUUUCGCGAUAAUCGUGUUCUUCCACCUGAGUACGAUUCCGAACGCGCAACUAGAGAAAAUAUCUGGCAUAACCCUGAUUACAUCAUAUAUAAACUCAAUAUUAAUUCUGCAAUUUCAUCGCCGGCACAUGGUGAACGUUUAAUGUUGUCAGGCCUUGCUAGCAAUUUUGAAUAUAAGGUUAAAGGUUACGCUUAUACAGGAAAUGGCUCGAAAUUAACCCGUGUCGAAGUAUCGUUGGAUUACGGCAACACAUGGCUACUCACAAAACUCUCACAGCCUGAACUAGAUUUUCCUUUAGUUCUUCAACGAAAUAUGAAUCCAUUGCCAAGAUUCUGGUGCUGGAGUUUCUGGUCCAUAUCAAUUCCAUUUCACUCAUUGAUCCGAUGCAAUGAGAUUUCUGUGCGUGCGUGGGAUUCAACUCAUAAUACCCAACCACGCGAUCCAACAUGGAAUGUUAUGGGUAUGAUGAACAAUUGUCAUUAUAAAGUGAAAGUCCAUUCGUUCGUUGAUGAAAAAGGAUUUUUUGGUCUAAGAUUUGAACAUCCAACUCAACCUGGUAAUAACCAUGAAGGAUGGAUGGUUAAGAAGGAAUCGAUUAAAAUUGCGGUACCAAUCAAGACGUCGAGUAACGUAAAAACAUAUAGUUUGGAACAAGUAUCGAAGCAUAAUAACGAGAAUGAUUGUUGGAUUGUUAUUGAUAAAAAAGUUUACAAUGCAACGAAUUUCCUGAGAAAACAUCCGGGUGGCAAAGCUGCUAUCCUGAUAAAUGCCGGAACUGACGUCACCGAGGAAUUCAACGCCAUUCAUUCCGCCAGGGCAAGAGAGAGACUAAGAGAAUUCUACAUAG